GAUAAUAAUAUUUCAAGAUGAAGUUGCGGGAUAUUCUCAUUUUCCUCCCUGCAGGCUUAGCAUCAGCCGCCUGCAUAUCUUCCGGCGACCAAACAACAAUCAACACACUCUUCAAAUCCGGCGGCGCAGACACCGUGGUCCAACUAUGCCCAAACACAGUCCUUUCCGUCUCCGACACAAUCAGCUUCACCGCUGACAACCAGGAGCUGUCGACAUCAGGCUACCCGACCGAUAACUCGCGCGCGACGAUUCAACCUGCCGCUAACAGCAAUGUUAGCAUGCUCAUCACCGGAUACGGGUUUAAUGGGCUGCGGAUUAAGAAUAUUCAGGUUGAUGGAUUGCGACCGAGUCUGGGACUGGUUGAGAAAGGAGGUGCCAGCAUCGAACUCGGCCAAGCUAGCACUGGGAUUGUCAUUUCGGAUAUCGUUUCCAAAAAUGCUCGUGCUUGGAGUUGUUUGCAUCUGUUGCAAUCUGGCGAUUCAUCUGCCCCGUGCACGAAUGUGACGAUCAUGAAUAAUCAGAUCGGUCCAUGUGGAAAUGAAGGCACCAACUCUGCGGGUAUCAGCCAGUGGGCAGAUGGAAUUUCAUUUGCGUGUCAGGGGUCGCUAAUUGAAAACAACUUUGUUAACGGGAGCACGGACGGCGGAAUCGUGUUGUUUGGGGCACCAAACACCACUGUCAAGGGAAACACAAUCAUCUCUUCAGCCACUGACUCGGGGUUCGGCGCAAUUAACAUGGUCGACUAUCUCUACGAUGGAAGUUAUGCAGGUGUUGUUGUCACUAAUAAUACCAUAACCGGCGACAAACUGUUCAAUGCGGGUAUUGCUAUUGGCGCAUAUGCGUGGUCUUUCAACGAUGACACAUUCUUGCAAGGCCCAGCGACUAUCACAGAUAACGUAUUCAGUGGGAAUAUCACUUUCCCCAUUGCCGUUAAUGGAUGGACUGGCGGACUCACGGUGACUGGCAACGAUGUCUCCAAAGUCAACACCCCCAACUCAGCCUUCUCCGACUCAAACUCCUGCAGCGCCGCCACCAAAGCAUUAUGGACUGAAAACGCCCACUUGGCAUACUACCCUGCCGGCCUAACAGGCUCAUCAAACCUCCAAUCCGACUUUAUUGCUGCCGAUGCAAACGCCACAAACUUCAUCUGCACAACGGCCCCGCUCCCCUCAUCCAUCAGCUACGGCGUCGGCGAGCUAAAUGUCAGUGUGAACAGCGUGCUUGCGGAGCUGCACAAUGAUAUCUUGACGCAGUAUCAGGGUGAUAGUAAUAUCGUCACGUAUAAUACCUCGACGGGGAGUUAUGUGCCGGUGUGGUCAUCUGGUCAUACGUCGUCGACGUGCGGGAGUGAUCCUGGUGCAUGCCUGUGUGUGUUCACGCAGGAUGGCGAUUUUGUGACGACAGUGUCGGGGCAGACGCAGUUCUCGAGUGGGACCGGAGGUGAAGGGCAUGUUUUGACGUUUUUGAAUGAGAGUCCGUGGAUUGAGGUUGCAGAUUCGACGGGCAAGGUUAUUUGGUCGACUGAUGCAAAUUAAUUCUUCGUAGUGUAGGAUUGUACCAGUUUUGUAGCUUCUACAUGUAUGUAUAAAUUAGGUUUGCCAAUGCAGUAAUGGAUUUAGGGUU